AUGACAAAAGAGGAAGCAGUGUUACUGAUGGGAGAUGUGUCUCGACACGCUUGGCCGGAAGUAUUACUUCGAGGCUGCAGAGAUUGCCUGUUUGCAAACAGGUCGAAGCCAAGUUUGAGCGAGCCGAAGCUGCGGGGACACACCACAGAUAACGAGAGCUUUGCGUUGCAAUUGGAGCGUUGUGCCCCCUCUCCUGCUACAGGGCCCCUAAGGAGCCCCCUUAUUGGAGGGCUCCCUGGGAGCUUGCUCCUGAUUGGCCAGCAGGCUGCCUCCUUGCAACUGGCUCAACUCAAAGCCCAGCUCGCAAUCACGCAGAUAAACCACGUUUUCUUUUUUCGGUGGCCGAACUGCAACCUUGACAACCAACUCCAACACAUCUACUCCCUACCCGCAACACCCCCCUCCCCUACUGCUGCGGCCAUUCAUCUCCUCAACCUUCUGAAGAUUGCGAACACCAUGUCUCAUCCCCUGUAUAACCCCUAUGCUUCUUCAAACCAAAGAUCCACCCAGGGGCAAUAUGGACUCCCCGGUGUACAGGCAGAGAGAGACCCUCGAAGGGCAUCCCCUCAUAUGGGGCCCGGCUCUUCUGGAGCUUCUUCUGGGACUUCCGCCAACUCUGGGGGGAUGCUUCCAUCCAUGGGUCCCCAGUCAAUGAACUACAGGCCUGAACGUGGUAGGCCCACAAUCGAUGAGGACAUAGAGAGGUCCAUAGACAUGCAUAUUAGCAGAGCCAGAGAGGAGGUGAGGCUUCUCGGCACACCAAUGCAGCAGCCUACAGGUCAAGGCACUUACUUCAACUCUCAAAGGGAUCAGUUGCUCUCCUCAGGCACAGGGGGGACCUCCUACUCGAUGUCUUCAACCUCGGCCUCUCUCGGACAUAUGGCUAGACAUUCAAAAGUUGAAAGUGGCAGUGGUUCUUUGGACUUGUCGGACUACAAGAGACCCACUGCUGAUGACCCCUCUAAAUUUUUUUCAUCAUCCACUUCUUCAUCCUGCUAUGCAAAUAGUGGUGACUGUAGGUUUAAUACCUCCAGUGGAAGAGAACGUGAGGUGUCCAUUCCAGGUUUAGGGGAUUAUGACCAUCCAGUGCCAGACAAACCUGCAGCCCCUACAGAGCCCAGCCGUCCCAAAUACACCUCAGAAUCAGCUGCCAACAUCCUUCUGCACUUUGGACUUGAAAAAGAGGACUUGGAACAUCUCAUUGCCUACCCUGAAGACCAGAUGACACCUGCUAACCUGCCAUUUAUUUUGCGCCAACUCCGCAUUCAGAAGGCCAAGAGGGCUUCAACUGCAGGUCAGUCAAAACCACAUCCUGAACCCCCACCCACCAGAAGCAUAAGUGGAAUGGACAGUUUUAGUAGUUCUGGAGGGGCAGGAAUACGCCAGGAGGAGACAUCAUCUUCUAUUCUCCAGCCAAGUAAAGUGAUUGACUAUGGACAUAGAGGCAAAUAUGCUGGAGGAGUUGGAGAUGAGAUUGGAAGGACCAGUGGCAGUAGACCUAAUAGUGGUGGGAUGAAGGACACUUUUGAAAGUGGCAGCCACAGUUGGGACCCACUGCAAAAAACUACAGUAGCAGCAAGAAGCAGUACUGUGGGUUCUUCCCAUGAUCAGGCGAGUUCUCUUACCAGUCUGAGCUCUUCAUACAGUUCAAUACUAAGCUCUAUGGCCUCCUCAAGCAAUGACCCAAGCAAACGAUUGCAGACCCAACAAAACCAGACUCCUCAAGAAACCCUCAGCUCUUUCUCUCUCCCAAAGAAAGAUACUGACAUCAGAAUUUUCAAGACUGAACCCUCCAAACCUGUUCCUUUGAAAGAACCAGAGGUCAACCAACACCCUAAGCCAAAAACUCAAACAUCCUGCACUCUGCUCCGCGGUGUGCAUCCCAGCCGACCUGGCCUUGUAGUCAUUGGCAGUAAUGACCGCAGUGGCACUAAGGAUGAGCAUAAAACUGAAGUACAAGGUUCAGCUGCUGCUGAACAGAUAAAAAAGCAGCAGCAGUUACAGUCAGUGCAGCAGCGACAGCAGGCACAGACUCAGCAGCAACAGCAGACACUGAAGCAGCAGGCGCAGAAACAACAGACGCAGACACAGCAGCAACAAACAGCGCUGAAACCAGCAAUAUCACAUUCGCAGAUGGGGCAGACAGUAUGGCCAACAGUUCUGUCUGCAGCAAAACCAGUUCCAACAGUUCCCAUUGUUUCUCAUAUCCCCAGCAUCACUGAUGUCGUGAGGCGUCCAUUGUUUAACCCCACCCCCCACCAUCGAACUGUUAUGGUUCCUCCUGGAUCACUGCAGCCAAUGCCAAUGAACUUUGUUCAUACAACGCUGCCACCCACCAACUCACAGCCUCCAGCAAAGGUGACAGUUUCCAAGGGUUUACCAACGCCAGCCAUGAUGCAUGACUACGCUGCAGCCUCGCCCAGAAUCUUUCCACAUACCUGUGUUCUCUGUAACAAAGAAUGUACUCAUAUGAAGGAUUGGAUCUGUCACCAGAACACUAGCCUUCACCUUGAGAGCUGUAAACUCCUCCGCAGACAAUACCCACAGUGGGAUGGUGAGGUAGCUGUCGGGCCAAGAGUUGCAAGCAAAGACAUCAAGCCCUCUCCCUCAACCUCUGCACAUACUACCCAAUAUCGUCGCCAGAAAACCAGGCAUGGCAGUCGCUCCCACUCUCGCUCCCGCUCUCGCUCCUCAAGUCCAUGGCGUAGCCAUGGCUCAGAUGGUAGAAGGGAGAAACACAGGAGCCGAUCACGAUCACCGCGCAGUUCCAGAUACGCUCACAGGUCCCGGUCUGAUUCACACCAUCGUUCUCGCUCCAGUUCCCCUUCGUCUUCACCCCACCGCCAUCGCUCACGUUCAAGAAGCCCUGAGAGACGAUCAUCACCACGAAAAGGCUACGAAAGACGAUCGCCAAGGAGGAGUGAUGAGAGACGAGUAUCACCAAGGAGAAGCCGUGAGAGACGAUCGUCACCAACAAGAAUCCACAACAGGCGAUCACCCCCGAUGAGGACCCAGGAGAGACGAUCUCCACCACUGAGGAGUGACGGCAGACGAUUGUCACCAAGGAGGAGCCCAGAAAGACGGUUGUCACCAAGGAGGAGCCCGGCACGACGGUUGUCACCAACGAGGAGUCAUGAAAAACGAUCGUCCCCAACAAGGACACAUGAGAGAAGAACAUCUAACAUCACCCCUGACAGGUCAUCCACCCAGCGAAAGAAGUCAAGCGCAGCAGACAGACUGGCUAAGAAACUGCUGGAAACAUCAGGUGUCCAAUCCCUGUCAGACCAGUCUGAUCUUGAGGCUGUGGUUAAAAGUCUGGCUCCUGCCUUAAUGGCUGAGCUGAAAAAGAUGAAUUCCUCCCCCUCUACUUCCAAAGGAGGAAAACGCCCCUCACCUCCACCCUCUACAAGCGGAAAGAAAUCAUCCUCUGCUGCUGCCUCUUCCUCAUCCUCCUGUUCUAUAGCAAAGAAAGAGUUGACUAAAGCGAAUUUCAGCCUGCUCAAGAGUGAGAGUAGUACCUCUGCAAAGGCUAAGGCUGGUAAAUCCUAUCCUCCAUCUAUGGUGAUACUAGAAAAUGUUCAUAGUUCCAUCUCCCACGAUGAGGUAGUCACUUCUAUGGAGCACUUUGGAAAAACAAAAUCGGUUUUAUUGUAUCGUAAAGUGCAGGAGGCAUGUGUGUGUUUUGAGAAAGAGGAAGAUGCUCAGAAAUUGAAGAGCACAAAGAACCUCACCAUAAAAGGCAUUCAAGUCUGUGUUUUCAAACAGAAGGUGACUGUUUCUAAGGAGCAAAUGAAGCCCCUUCAGAGAAAACCUGCCACAUCCAGUGUCUCCCCACUUCAAACCACUAAAUCCACCACAAGCACCACCAGAAAAGCAUUCCUUCCUACACCUAAGAGGCCUCUGCUUACAGUGCCUAAUAAGAAGAUUGCUGCCAAAGGUCAGGCAACUGUCACUAAAGCAAAAGUCUUGGUUUCCAAGGCAAAAAAUGUCUCAACAAAGCAGAUUGCCAAAAAAGUAAAACCAAGCAAAGUAGCUGCAAAGGGAGCUGUGACAAAAGUGUUGGUAAAACAAAAGCCUGUGGUUCCAAAAAAUCCAUCUGAUGGUACUGUCUCUAAUCAAACAAUUGCACCUGAAACCACUGUUAAAGAAACAGCGGUGGUGCCAAAAGAAAAGGAAGAAGGAAUGGCAACAAAGCCCCAAAGUAUACCAUCCAAAUCUACAGCUGAAGUAAAGACUUCUAAGCCGGAAGAUUCUGAUACCAGAAUUCAACAAUCUGCAAAACCAUCUGAUGGUUGUGUUGCUAAUCAGAAAAUUGCACCUGAAAAAUCUGAAAUCACUGUUAAAGAAACAGCAGUGGUGCCAAAAGAAACAGCUGAGGUUGAUAAAUCAACAAGUACAUCUGUUGCUAAAUCAAGUAAAGGCACCAAAAUGGUCACUGAAGAGAAGGUCUCUGCUUCCAAGGUGGAAACAGCCUCAUCUAUGCAGAAACCCAAAACUCCACCAGGCAAAUUGACUGCUGCAGGAGCCAUGACCAAUGAAAAGGAAGAAGGAAUGGCAACAAAGCCCCAAAGUAUACCAUCCAAAUCUACAGCUUCAGAAGAUCACCAUGUAGUACAGACUUCUAAGCUGAAAGAGUCUGAUACCAGGAUUCAACAAUCUGUGAAACCUGCAGCAGAUGUUGUUCAAAUGGAAAAUAUGACAGUUUCUGAACCUAAUCACCAAGCAGAACUUUCCAAAGGUGAUGUUGAAGCAAAAGAGGUUAAAGACACUGAACCAAUGGAGCUUGGGCAAACAGGAGUGAAAGUGACCGAGCCCAUGGAAGUUGAGGGCAACAGUGAAAAACCAAUGGCUACAGAGGCUGUACCUGAAAUUCCAGCAGCCAGAUCCAUUGAGAGUCAACCACUUACCAGUAUUGUUGAGACUCAGCCAGAUGUUUCUAUACCAAUACCUCCUCUAGAUAAUACUCCUAGAUCAUGUGGAGACACCAAAACUCAGACCCCACAAACCACCAUCAAAACUUCAGAAAGCUCUGUCACGGCGUCUCUAGCGUUCCAGCAGAACACCUCGCCAGAACCAGAGUCCACUAGACAAGAGCUUGAGACAAAAACAGACACUUCACACAUGGACAGGCAGGUGGCAGGAAGCCCACUUAUAGCUGCUGUGGAGACAAUGUUAACAGAUGGACACAAAACAAUGCAAAAAGAUUCUGUUACUGCAGUGAAGACAGAAAUGAAUUCCGCUUCAGACAAAGUUGCCUGCAGUACCUCGACUGAGGCGGCCACAUCUGUGACAACUGCAUCAACAGCUGCAGCAGCGAAAGAGCAGCAAGCAACGUCGUCCACGCCUUAUGCAGCUGCAGCCACACAACUGACUGUUGGGGAUAUGGCUGAAAAACACCUGCUUAAAAACAGAAUAAAUUGCCUCAGUAGAAAAACCUGCUUCUCACCACGUUUUUUCAAAUGUUCAAAGAAGCAGUUGCUCAUAACCGACCUGCCUAAAUAUCACGAUGGCUGCUACACUGAGGCGGACCUCACCCAGGCGCUCCUGCCUUUUGGAUUUCGUUAUGAUGAAUCCACCAUCCAUGUUUUUCCUCAGGCAUGCAUGGCUUUUGUCACGAUGCCAUCACCAAAAAAUGCACUGGAUGUGAUUAUAGCCACCAAACGGCGGUCUUUAAUUUUCAAGGAAGCUUCAAUUAGUGUGAAUGUCUUGGCCAAUUGCAUCCCAGGGACAAGGCUUGGGCUUUAUAAAUCAGUUAUGAAGCUGAUGAAUUCUCCUUCGGCUGAUAACGGAGAGAGGACUAUCUUCAUCCUCAACAUUUCUUCAUCUGAGGCCCGGAACCUCAGAGAAGCUUUGAAAAAAAUUGAUUCUGUCAAAAAUUACCUGCUUCUUCUCAACAAGGUGUAUGUAGAAUUUGAGUCAAAUCGGGAUGCAGAUCGGUUAGGAAUUUGGUACAGCCUCCUGAAAGAACCUCCUGGCUAUGAAAUCUACAGGCUGAAAGCGCCACACAGUGCAUCAAGUGUCUGCACAUCAGUCCGGCCAAGGCUUCCUGAGAAAGCUCUGCCGGACAGCAACAAAAUUGUUGCCAGGGCAACUAUCCCAACAACAAUGCAUGGGGUUCCCCAGGGUAGCGUUUCACCAUUUUGGGUCACUUUGAAAACGAGUCCCUUUCUGUUCCCUACCACGUCUCCUUGGUUCACCAUCCCCGAUUACCAUACAGUCAAAGUAAUGGAAGACUUUGAGAAGGCCAACAGUCUGGGUUACAUAUUCCCAACAAUCAUGUUGACUGGAUUGCCAGAAGACUACUACAGACACGAGGACGUCGCCAAGCUGGUCUGGCCAUAUUUUACAAAGCGGAACCUUCACACCAUGUACUACAACAUCAUAGUCCUCCCGCUACAGAGGAGGGCCUUUGUGUAUUUCGAGCAUAUGAAGGCGUGCAAUGAUUUUGUCCGAGACCAGAUACAAAAUCCGGUUUCUGUCGGUGGCUACAGAGUCUUCGCUCACUUCCUCCAGGAAGACAUGUAUCCUGCAUCCACAGAGGAGGACAUGUACCACACCAUGAUGAAACUGAACAACAUUUGCGGUCCAGACCCAGAGUCUCUGGCGGAGCGGUUGCUGUGUGUGGAGACCUCUCGGACGACUCAUGACGUCAUUUUAGCAGUUAUGGAAGUGGUGGCAUCGUGUGCUCCUAUUGUCAGCUUCCUGCCGCUGGGCAACAGGAUAUGCAUUGAGAUGGUGCACUCCCGUGGUCUAACGCAGGUGUUGGAGAAACAAGUCAGGUUCUCACAGACCUGCCCGAGUAAUCCAAUUUGGAGUAAAAUUCAGCAUUUUGAAUCUGUGAAGAGCCUGAAACAGCGUCUUCAAGAUUCCAGUGAGACCACAAUAAACCUCAAUGUGGACCCACCCAUUGUGAAAUAUCAAACCCAACCUACUUCUACACUUAUGAAUGAUGGGUCUCAACUUUCUCUGACUAUGAGUAGCCCUGCGUCUGCUAAACUAGUAGACUCUGCUGGAUCCACCAUUUCCUCAUUGGUCUCAGAGGAACCAAGCACUACCACUGUAAGUGACAUUGCAAUGAAGGAGGAGGAUAAGGAACCAGAAACUGAGAUUGCAGUGGACUCCUCUGUUGGUCCUAAGUCAAAUGAAGAAGUAGAGAAAAUAGAAAUAAACAAGGAGGAGGAGGGGUCACCAAUGACGACAGUGUCUACCGAUGAUGUGAACCCUACCUCUGCAAUUGACAGUGGAAAGCCGGACACCGCUGAUUUCAGCCCUGGCUCCUCAACCAAAGAGGUCAUGCCUUCAGAAAACGUUGCAGAACUUCCUCAUAUUGACGCAGAAACUUUCAAGGUUCUGACAGCAGCAGUUCGGCUGCACAGACUCACACUGGAGAGCAGAUGGCAGAUCAAGGAGAAGGAGCAGAGUCCAAGCAGAAGCGACACAAGCUCAAAGGAUGAGGACACAUCUGAAGAAAAGGGUCAAGAUGAAUUUACAGAUGAUACCAUUUCUUCAGAUGCUAACCAGUUUGAUGAGCUAUCAUGGAUGAACAUGGAUGACUUUGUCACUGUUGAUGAAGUUGGUGAUGACGUGAGAGACACAUGCCCCAACCCACAAAUCUCAGCCAAAUCCGCUUCCACAUCCAAACAGUCCUCUAGAGCAAAAAGUGAAAGACAACGCUCUGAUAUGUCAUCUACUGCCAAACGGACUUCAGCAAGGUCCUCAAAAGACUCAGCCUAUUCCUCAUCCUCUUCAUACUACUCAUCCAGGUCAACUAGAGACGCCUCAAAAAGCAGCCCGUCCUCAAGCUCUUCCUUUGCGUCGCCAAAAAAGUCAAAAGGCUCAUCUGAGCCCACCACAUCCCCUGCUAAACCCUCGUCCUCUGGUAAUGUCAGUAAGGCCUCUUCUUCUUCUUCUUCUUCACUGUCUGCUGAAACCCUCUCCUCCCCUGUUCAGAAAACACAACAGGGAAAGGCAAAAUCGCCAGCAGCAUCAAGCACUACUUCCCCGAGCACCAGGACACGGACGUCUUCGGCUGCACAUGAAAGGGAAAAGAUAACAGCAGCAGUGACUGUCGAGUUAUCAGAAGAGAAUUGUCUGGAACCACUUAGAGGAGAAGCCAAAGCUGCAGAGAGAGCAGUGGCAAAAUCUGACCACAAAGUGUCAGCAGAGGGAACUCCUGCAAAAACUGUUGAGUCAGAGAUAAAAAUAGAAACCUCAUCAGAGAUGCAUCCACCUCCACAAGGACCAGCGUUAGACUUGACAAGCCAAGCCCAGAAAGGCUCACCUUUCAUCGGGAAGGAUCCUCAAUGUCUGGAGAUUGAUUUUAAUGAUGACACACUGAAAGACCUGAAGACAAUUAAAGAGGGAGAGAAGGAAGGUUAUGUUGAAAAACAUACAGAAGAGGAGGAGGAGGAGGAGGAGGAGGAGGAAGAUGAACAGUAUGAAAUCCUCGAUUCACUUGAUGACCAAGCAGAUGAACAAAUGGAUGAUGGGGACCAAGAUGGAAGCUGUAAAACCCAGCUAACUGGACCUGAGGAAGGCCAGACUUUGCAAGAGGAAAGCUAUCAGGUCUUAGACAGUGUCAACGAUGAAGUGAAAGCCUACCCAGAGGAGUAUAGUGAAUUGGAAAUGGACGAUUCUUUCCAAGUGCUAGACAGUGUUACUGAAGACCAAGCAGCUACAGGUCAAGAGGACAGUCACCUGGUUGAAGAUGACGAUUCCACAGUAAAACCGCCAUCUGAGGAAGAUGUGACUCCAGUAGUCGACAAAUCAGAUGUUACAUCUGCAAUUAAAAAUGAGGCAAAUAACGAAGGAAAUAUCCAAGUUUUGGAUACAGAGAACAAACAACCUCUAAAAGGCAGCGGAGAUGGACUGAAGAGAAAAGAGGAAGAGGUCAAAAGCAAAAUGCUUUCAGCAGAAUUCUCCAAAGUUUCCAAAGAGGAUGAAAGUCCUGAUGGCCAAAUCAUAAAUAAAGACCAUGACAACAAAGACACUUUCAAAGACCAUGACAGUGAUGUUACUGAACAUGAAACCUUUGAGAUAUUGGAUUCAAUUGAUGAUCAAAUGGCAACAGACGAUGACAGACAAAAACUUAGCCCACUCAUGGCCGAUAUGCCUGAAAUGUGUAGUGACCAGAUAUCUAAAGAAGACAUAGAAGAAGAGGAAGAUGCAUAUAAGGUGAUUGAUUCUGUGGAAGAUCAACCAACGACUACUGAGACAGAGUCAGAGAUUGACUACGAGGACAGAAGAACCACAAAAGUGAAAACAACUCCUCAAAAGGAUGAGAAACCAACAAGGAGUGGCCUCACAACCAGAUCAUCCAAAAAAGAAGAGAGGGAGAAGUCACCAAAGAAACAUGAUAAGCCGGUUAGAAAGUAUGAAACGAGAACAAGGAAGGACACCACUACAGGAGCUUCUAAAAAUGACAAAAACCUCAGAGAAACCCCUGAGGAGAUAGUGUAUGAGAUUGUAGAUUCAGUUGAAGAUGAACCAAUUCAAGAUGUCUCCAGUGCUCCUCCUUCUGGUAGAAGAAGGAGUGCAAGAGGAAAGAAAGAGGAUAAACUGACACAGAAUCUCACAGAAGUGUCUGGAAAACCAGACAGAGAUGAGGAGGUGACAUAUGAGAUUUUAGAUUCUGUGGAGGAUGACACUGCCAAAGAUGAACCGAUAAUCACAACAAGAUCUACCAGAGGAAAAAGGGAAAGAACAACUAAGACAAAUACUUUCAAAGAGGACACACCAACAAGAAGGAGGCACACUCCUGCCAGAGAUUCACAGGAACAAACACCAAUGAAAGAAGAGAGAAUGCCUCUAAAAGAGAAUACAACAACAAAGAAAAGUGACACUGUCAUGAAAGAGGUAAGUGAGGAGGAGACUACCUAUGAAAUUGUAGACUCUGUAGAGGACGAGGUUGUUAAGGAUGAUCCACCCGCUACAGGAAGAAAAGGAAAAAGGGGAAGACCAAAGAAAGAGGUUAAAAAGGCAUUAUCAAAGAAGGCUGAUAAAGAUUCAUCUGAAAAAGCAUCAGAAGAAGAGGCCACAUACGAGAUUUUGGAUUCUGUAGAGGACGAGGUGACUGAUGAUCAGCUCCUCACAGACCAGUCUGAGAAUGCAAGAAAGGAGACAAUUGAAAAAAACUGCAGAAAAUCACCAAGAAAUGAGGACGAGGAGGACGAACCUAUGUAUCAGAUAGUAGAUUCUUUGGAAGAUGAUCAAGUUCAAGAGGAGCUGUCGACUAUAGAGGAGCCCGAUAAAGGGAGCAUGGAAAAAAGUGAGGCAGACGAUAAAACUUGCCCAAACGGGGAAGGAAAAACUGCAAAAGAUGACAUAUCAACACAUUCUACUGCUGCAGCAGAGGAGUCCGAACUAGUGGUUGUCAAGGAAGCGACUCCAUAUCAGAUAGUUGAUGAUUUAGGGAAGGUAAAUGAUGAUCCAUCUGCUGCAGAAGAGAAGUUGAAGCAGGAAAGUACACCUAAAAAAAACAAAUCUCCAACAAAGACCCAAAGGAAUGGGGAAAAGGUGACUCAUCAGAAAUCACCCAAGAAAUUUCAUGCAACAGCUGCCGCCAGUGCUUUACUGAACCUGGACGAAGUAAGCGAGGAAGAGGAGGAUUACCCCGAUGACACAGCCGAGGAGGAAGACGUGAGGAAAAGGCAAGCAAAAGAGAAGCAGCUCGAUGAAGUAAGUGAAGAAGAGGAGGAUUAUCCCGAUGACUCGGCUGAAGAGGAAGAAGUGAGGAGAAGGCAAGCGGCUGCAAAAGAGAAGCAUCUCGCUAAACAGCACGAAGAAAGGAAGACCAGGGAAACGGAGGAGAGGGAGCGUAGGAGCCGGAGCAGCAGCAGAGAAGCACGAGGAGGCACAAGGAGGACGAAGGAGAGGGGGAAGGAAAAGGAGGAGACAGUAGAGGUAGACACCAAAGAGCUGGUAACUCUGGAUGAGGUGGGAGCAGAUGAGGCCUUAGAGGAAAGAGUACCGGAGAGCCAAGAGGGCGAUGGAGAGAUCACAGAGGCGGAGCUGCAGGCGUUGGUCACUCUGGAUGAGAUUGUAGAGGAAGAGGAGGAGGGAAAGGCAGAGCAAAAGACAGCAGAGUCCCAUCCAGCCAACCUGGAGGAUGAAUCAGUGGACUCCUUAAACCCAGAGACUUUGGUGACUUUAGAUGAAGCCGGCGAUGAGGAGGACAAGAAGGCGAAUGAAGAGAAAGCUGUGGAAACCUCAAGAUCUGCGAAACGCAAGCACGAUGAAGACACAGAGGAAAAUGUGAACUUUGUAACAGUGGACGAGGUGGGAGAGAUUGAAGAGGAGGAGGAAAAGGAAGCAGUAACAACAAGGACAGGAAGCAGAGCCAAGAAGAGAACCAGACAGGCUCCUGUGAGAAAAUCUACUAGAGGUAAAAAAGUGAGCGAAAAAGAGGAAGAAAAAGAAGAAGGAAAGGAACCGACUGGCACUGAUGCUUCACCUCCUGCUUCACUUGACGCCUCCUCGACAUCAGACAAACCGCCUUCGACUGACAGCCAGGUGGAGAUUCAGAAGACCGAUGUGGAAGAAGAGAUCAAAGCUGUGUCUGCUGGGCCUGAGCUGAAACUGGAGCCUCCUCAGGACCAGAACCUGGAAGGAGUUGUGAGUAAACGGAAGAGCGAUCUCGUCGGACCUGAAGCGAAGCGAUCUCGUUCUCAGUCUCCUUGUGUCCCAGCUGACUUCAAACUGCCACCAUUCACACCAAACAACCCCCUUGGUCAGGAGUUUGUGGUCCCUAAAUCAGGGUAUUACUGUAACCUCUGCUCUGUUUUCUACCUGAAUGAGACGACAGCGAGGGACGUCCACUGCAGCAGCCAGAAACACUACGACAACCUGCAGAAACAUUAUCAGAAGCUUCAAGUGAAACCAUCAAGAACUUCGAAAAGCUGAACAAGUGAAAUGUUUGCAGCUUCAUGAACCUCUAUGGACUGAUUUAUAUAUCAUUACUGUUUUGAGCCUUUCUUUCAUGUAAAUGUUGUUGAUAUAUGUAUAUUUUAUGAAUCGCCCCACCGGGAUUCAAACGCUAGGGUUCUUGUGCCUUUCUUUGCACAGUUAUGUUGCAUAAUUAUUUUUUUAAAACAGUGAAAAUACUUUUUAAAGGCACUACAUGUUACUCCCUUUUUAAGUUUAGACACGUUAAGGAGCAGAAUCUAAGCUUGCAAUAGAUUUGUUUCUGUGCUUUUAUGGUACAAAACAGAAAGAGGGCGCUGUUCCUCCAGGUCAAAUUGAGAUAUCAGUUUCUGUUCUGACAGCACAAAGCUUGGGAAAACUGUUUGUUUAACCUCUUGUCAAGAUGUCAAAAGAGGAAGUAGUGUUACUGAUGGGAAAUGUGGUCUGUUGCACACAGAAAGGAAGCUAAAUUUAAUUUGAAAAUAGUUUCCCAUUGUGUUUGUCAUACACUAAAAAUCAUAGAUAUCAGAAUCUGGUAUCUCUAACACUACAAAAUCAAGCAGAAAAUGCCUCUUAUACUGCUCUGUAAUUAUUAUUUUGAGUUACUUAACAUGUAGUUCAAUGUAAAAACAUAAAAGGUGGCAGACAAAGAAAGGUCACUUUUUUUAUUUAGUAUUCACAUUUCAUUUUCUCUUUUGAGUGUCAUUUCUGUAAACGAGGGUCCAAUAUGUUGAUGUAUAGAACAUGAUACUAUGAUACAGUAAU